GAAGCGAAGAAGAAGGAGGAGGAAGAGGAGGAACAGCGGCGGCGGCAGGCGACGGCGUCCUCGUCCUAACACCUCGCACGCUUCCUUCUCACAGUCGGAUGAAAAAAGGCUUUGCGAGCAACGUUACCCGUACGUAGGUCAACUUGUUGGACUUCCUCACGACUUUCCUCGACUCGUUAGCGCGUUAGCAUAAUACAGCGACGCGAUGGGCCGCGGACGCAAACCCAAUCCAGACGGACCGCCGCCACCGGGACCCUUUGGACCGCCGCCUCCGGACUGUUGGCCGCGGCCCCCCGGAGACUGGGGCCCCCCUGCCCCCGGAGGGUGGGGCCCCCCGCACCCGCCCGGAGGCUGGGGCCCCCCGCGCCCGCCCGGAGGCUGGGGCCCCCCGCCCCCUCUCGGAGGCUGGGACCCGCCCCCUCCCGGAGACUGGGGCCCCCCGCCCCCGCCCCCGCCUCCGCCCCCGCCCGGAGGAUGGGACCCCGGCCGACCCCCAUCGCCGGGCUGGGGGCCUCAUCCGGAGUGGAUGCCUCCCCCGCAAUUGGACCCCAACUUGCCUCCUCCUCCGUGCUGGGAAUACCCGGGCUGGGGCCCGUACGGUCCACCGCCCCCUCCCUGCCUUCCUCCGCCUCCUGACGUCGGCGAAGCACCCCCGGGCUGCGUGCCUCCUUUCGGCUUCCCGGGAUACCCCGCCCCCGCAUGGACGCCCGCGCAGGAAGCGGCAAGCGAUCCGGUGCCAGAGCAGCCCGAGUGGAUCAAAGCGUUGAUUUCGGCGCCGCCCCCGGACAGCGUCCCGGCCGAAAGUAAGACGGCGGCCGGCGAGCCCGCGGCCGGCCUCAAGUCUGCAGCUCCCGACUCCGCCCCCGCAGCAGAAGCCGGCGUGGCGGCCAAAGCCUUCGGUCUGCUGGGAACGCGAUCCUUUGACAAGCCACCGGCGGGCAGAUCGACGGGCAUCAUCGCCUUCAUCGGGCCCACGUUCGGCUACAUCGAGCGAGAAGACAUGGAGAAGUACACCUUUGACUUCAACGCCUUCUUCGGGAACCCCAAAGCAAUGAAGCCCGGCGUGCGAGUGCACUUCACCGCCUGCAACUUGAAGAGUGGCCAGAUCGCGACGGACGUGAAAGUGGCUCCGGGCGGCACGGAGAACGUGGAUCCGGACAUCUACGAGGGCGUAGUCAGCCAGCCCAUCGUGGAAGCGCAGCUCGGCGAGCGGCAGUUUCCCGGUCAGGUGCACGUGGACAUCAAGCCGUUGAGGACCAACCUAGCGUUCGACCGGAAGGACAGCACCGUCACGCUGCUCAAGAACGACCAAGUUCUCAUGAACCUGCUGAGUGACAUCGUCACCGAAAAGAGGCGCGCCACCAACAUCCGACCCAAGCUUCCCGACACUUUCCAGUUCACCAAGGAGACCCGCGAGAAGGGCGUCGUCGUCAGCUUGGGCGAUGUCGAAGGCGUCAUCAAAGCAGAUGCGCGCGGCGAGCUUCCUUUCGACCUCAAAGAGAACUUCAGUGACGUGGACUUCACCGCCGAGGACGUCAAUGAAGAAGUGGAGUUCACCCUCCACAAGCUGCGAGCGGGCAACCGAGCCAUUCGCAUCCGGCGGGUGAAGGAGCCUCUGCUGCUGACCCUCUGCAGCCCCGCCUCAAAGGUCAUGACCCUGCCGCCGGUGAAGGUCAAACCGGCGCCGGCCAACAUGUGGCUGGACCCCGAGCUGUACGAGGGCGUGGUCAGCCAGCCCAUCAUUGAGCCCACGACGAGCAUGCAGGGCUACCCGGGGCAGAUCUUCGCCAACAUCGGACCCCUCCACACAAAUGUGACCUUUGACCGACGAGACUGCGGCGUCACACUGCUGAAGAACGACCGCGUGCUCCUUAGCCUGCUGGUGGACCUGAACACCAGGAAGAAGCGCGCCGCCAACAUCCGACCCAAGAUCCCCUUCACCUUCGUCCAUACCAAUGAGAAGCGAGAACUGGGCAUCGUCAGCAGCCUGGGAGAGUCUGAGGGCGUCCUGACCUCGAAGGAGCACGGAGAUCUGCUCUUCGACCGCUGCGAGAACUUCAGCGACACGGAGUUUGACGCCGGAGACAUCAGCAAGGAGGUGGAGUUCACUGUUCACAAGGACGAGGACGAGAAGAGAGCCAUCAGACUCCGGAGGACCAAGAUGGUCGAGGAUCGACUCAUGACGGAGAAGAAGAGACGGGAAGAGGAGGACAAGAAGAAAAAAGAUGGGGAGGAGGAAAAAGACAGGAAGCGGAAGGAGGCGGCGUCUGCGGCGCUCGCCGCCGCCAAAGACAAGUGGACGCUGCUUGGCUUCAGCGUUCCCGUUCCUGACACCCAGCUCGAAAUCAGCAAGGAACGCUUCGAUGGCACCGUCCUUAAAGCGGCCAGAAGAAGCCACAUCAAAAAGGAGCCCCUGGACGAACAGCUGAAGACCAAGGUGGAGGAAGUGAAGAUCAAGAAGGAGCCUCAGGACGACCAGGUGAUGGUCAUAGAAGAAGCGGUGAAGAUCAAGGAGGAGGAAAUGGACACGGAACAGCAAGCGGCCAUGGAAGGAAAGACGGAAGAGAUGCAAGGCGGAGUCGAGAGCCCCGAGGAGGCGGGGCGUCUGGUGAUGACCAUCGAUGGUCGUCAGAAGCAGCUUCCUUUCGGCCGCACCGAGCUGCUCACCGGCGCCACCAUGUUGACUGGUGACAAGGUGCGGUUCAACGUGGCAACCAAUCGGGAGACCAAAGAAGAACGAGCCACUUUCGUGCAAAUCCUUCCUGCCUCAUUUGAAGAGUCCACGGAACAACGACGACAUGGAAUCGUCAUCGAGUUCUCCGAGGAUUGCGGACUAAUCAAGUGCACGCAGAACCCUCAACUCUUCUUCUACGUGUCAGAAUUCAUCGGAAAAAAGAAGCUGCAGCUGAACGAGAAAGUGGAGUUCAGUGUGGUCCCGCAUGAAGAAGCGGCGGGUGGGCACCAGGCCAUCAGGAUCACACGUUGCACUGAGAAUGUUUUCCUACCCACCAGAAAACUGGGCGCUAUUGCCACCGGCAAAGGGAAGAUGACCAUCAAGCUGGCCAAAGCUUCAGAAGACUCUGAGAAGGAGGUGCCAAAGACCGAUAGGCUGAAGACGGUAGUGAAACAAUUACGAACUCAGGACAAGUGCACUACGAGCAAGCGUCGUGGCUACAGCAGGAGUCCGAGUCGCAGCAGGAGUCAGAGUCGCAGCCGCAGUCCGAGUCUGUCCAAAGACAAAUUUGGACGUGAAAUCAAAAGGAGACGCAGCACUAGUCUGGAAGACAAGCGGAAAAGCAGCCGGCAUAGACGCAGCGCAAGUCGAGAAAGGUCCCACAGACGUACGAGAAGUCGUAGCAGGAGCAGUAGCAGAGAAAGAUCUAGAAAGAGAAGGAGCAAGGUCAGUGGAGAGCAAGAAGGACACAUGAGGAGGAGGAGGGAGCGCAGUCCUCCUCCCAGGGCUUGUGCUGGACCAGUGGACGACGAGCUGGCGAGAAAGAAGCGAGAGUUGGAGGAGCUCAAUGAGAUGAUUGCUUUCAAGAAGUCACUGAUGGAUCCCCGAGGCUCGGAGCCCGGACAGCGAACUUGCAUUGACUACGAUCACGGCCGGAUCGCUAACCCUUUGGCAGAGUUCAGACCGGUCCGCUCCAUUUUGAAGAAACGACCAGAGGACCCGGAGUACCCCCGCCAUCUUCCUCCGCUUUACGACAAUCCUUAUUACGACAGGCCGUAUCUGCGUUUUAGUGAGCGGUAUGCCGAUAGCUUCCCUCGCUCUUUCGCAAGCCAUCCGUAUGGCGAUCAGCCUUACAGCAGUCAUCCGUAUGGUAAAGUUCUGUAUGAAAGCUCUUCGACCACCGGCCAGCGUUACACCGACCGCUAUGAUGUUUACGACGAACCGUAUGACGAUGCGUACUGCGAUCCGACGUAUGCGGACCGACCUCAGCACAGUCCCUACACAAACAGCCAGGUUUCAGAAGCUUUUGCGUCGUCAUCAACUUCUGCCUCUUCAUCUUUGCAAACGACCUUAAGACCCUCUUCUCCCACACAACCGCUAUCCAAAAGCUCCUCGCCAAGCCGCACAAACACAACACCACCCCUGCUCCAGAAGCCCCCGCUUGAUCGCUUUCUUGAUAUGCUUCAGAAGAAGGUGAUUCCUGAAAAACGAGUGGAACCAGUUUCUGUCAGCGACGAACUUCUGCCACAUGAGCGAGCGCUUGAAGACGGCAAAGGCUUCUCUCGGAUUGUGGGUCUGGCUCAAGAGUCCCCCGGCGGCUGUGUCAGUUUGGAAGAUGAGAAAAAAUCACCUUCAAUGGAGAAAGCAGCUGACCCGCCCAAGAGCAAGACUGCUCCCUACAGCCAGAUCCAGACUUUGCUGCGUACCAUUGGCCUGAAGUUGACAACAGGAGACAUGUCGCAGCUGGCCAGCUGUGCCUCAAAGUCCUCGUCCACAGACACCAUCCCUCCCGCCUCCCCCUCCAGGUCGUCCAGUUUAGAGCCUCCCAGCAAAAGGAAAGAGGUCUCUGAGUAUGAAGAAUUCCUCGAUCAAGAAGAAUUGGAGACACUAAAAAAGGCCCAAGAACUACAAGAUCUUACCAAGACGAUGGGAAGCACGGCAUCGACACCCAGACCUCCUGCUGGGCCUCCACCUGUACACUACCGGCAUCCAUCACCUCCAGUUAACUGGCCUCUGGAGAUUUCCUCGAAAGCGGCUCCUCCUCCUGCGGCUGGCCGUCUUCCUCCGGGACCACCUCCUGGACCGCCUCCCCGACGUCCUCCUGGACAGCCUCCUUUCAUGGUGUCCUCCAGGGAUUCCAAGCUGCCUGUAGCUCCAGCCCUUUGCUCCUCCAGUCCUGCCCCGCCUGGAACCGCCGGCCAAGUAACCCCGCCGCCACCAGCGACUACCAGCGAGGAGCAGUCUAACAUCUCCACAACGGUGGCCAAAUGCCUGAAGGUCAUCGAGAGCGUGAAGUCUCUGGCUGCAACACCGACAGCAAAAACUCUUAAAUCAGUCCAGUUCACUUUACCAUCAGAGUCGGCGUUGGCCUCCGGUCCUGCUGGCUCACUGCAGCAAGUUGGUGACGUGAAAAGCAGGCAGAAGGAGAAGCUGGAUUUGAACAACCAGAAGAUCGUAGACCCGCGAAAACAGCAGUCCAAGGACAUGCAGGCGCACAAGAAACGAGGCAAUGGCGCCGUGAUUGCUCCAGGAAAUCCACUCGGCAUGGGCCCCUGGAACGUUUGGAUCUGCGGUCAUUCGUUGUUGUGCUGGGCGGAGUCGCGGGCCAAGUCUGCGGAGGUAGGUGCGCAGCUGGGCAUGGACCCUGGCAAGGUGGUCCUCUGGUGGAAGGGGGUCCAGGGCAUGACGUGGCCCCAGCUGCUGCCCCUGCUCCACCAGCUGAAGGUCACCUGGCCCCAACCUCAUGUCAUCAUCGUGCACUUGGGCGGGAACGACCUGAACACCGAAACGCCCAGCGACCUGCUGGCGUCCGUCAGGAGGGACGUGACCUCCGUGAGGGCAAUCUUCCCGCACUGCGUCCUGGUUUGGUCCCACAUCCUCCCCCGCCGGGCGUGGCACCACUCGGCCGACGUCCACGAAGUGGAUCUGAUCCGAAGCACGGUCAACCGGCGGAUCCACAACAUAGUCUCCGAGGUGGGUGGCGUCUCUCUGACCCACGACAACAUCCGCUGCGGGGCCAACACGGGCCUCUAUCGGGCCGACGGCGUCCAUUUGUCGCACAAGGGAAUCGACGUGUUCAUUGGGAACCUGCGUGACUUUCUGGAGAAGUGGGGCGAGGAGGCCAGCGCCGCCUCCCAGUGACAGAAUGCGUUUCCAUUCUGCCUCGGCUCAGACGAAGGCUUCACUUCUCACCUUUUUCCUUUUUAUUUUAUUUGUUUUUACGUUCUAAUAAAUCUCACUUGACCGUUGCUGCGCUGUUUUACGUGAUGUUCAAACAGCCGUUGCACCCUAACCCAAGUCAGGUGAGUGAACCACUACACUAUCGGCUUUAACGGAAACAGUCACGAUGAAGCUCAUUGGGAACGUAAACGGGUCUAAAGCCUUUUCCAAUAGGUUUUUUAGAUUUCUUUUGCGGUGACGAGAAAUUCUCGUUUUCGGCUUUUCGCUUUUUCUAUUUUGGCAGUCACUCUAGCCCUCGUUAGAGCUUUCACGGCUUCCCGAUUGGGUCGGGAAACCUUCAAAAUGGUGACCUGACUGAGUCUGCUCUCUAUCACCACCGCCCGCCGUUGUUGAAGAAGGGUGUCCCAGGUGUGAGGGAGCAUGUGUGCUUCCUCGUCCCUGUCCGUGUUGUCGCUACGCUUUCGUAUCUCAAUGGCCUCCUUUAUCCAU